CGGGCGGAGCCGCUUCCCCACACGGAUAAAUUGUGUGUGGUACAAGUGACGGAGACGGCUACGAAACGGUCCUUUCGCAUUUCCUGUGGGGGACAGUCGACUGCAUUCUGAGCUAGAAGUUGCCGGAGCCACAGCCGCGAAAUCACACUCAAGUGAAGCAGGUGGGGGACAGUACCGAGGAGCUAACAUGUCUGCAAACAAAGACAGCGACGGCGGAUGGAAGAAUUUUGUGUGGAAUUCAGAGAAGAAGGAGUUCCUGGGACGAACGGGCUCCAGUUGGUUUAAGAUCUUAGCGUUCUACGUGAUAUUCUACGGAUGCUUGGCUGGAAUUUUCAUCGGGACCAUUCAGGCUUUGCUGCUCACAUUAAGUGACUUCAAACCCACCUAUCAGGACAGAGUGGCUCCCCCAGGUCUGUCACACACCCCACGCUCAGAGAAAUUUGAAAUCUCUUUCAAAAUGUCUGAUGAGACAACAUAUCAUAAGUACACCAACAGCGUGGACACUUUCCUUCAACAGUACAACGAGAAGAACCAGACUAAUCAGACGAUAUUUGAAGACUGUGGAGACGUUCCUGAGACGUACAUGGACCGCGGACCUCUGGAGCAUGGUGAAGGAGUGAGGAAAGUCUGUCGCUUCCGCAAGACCUGGCUCGACAUCUGCUCAGGGGAAAGCGAUCCCUUUUAUGGCUUCAAGGAGGGAAAGCCCUGCCUUAUUGUCAAGCUCAACAGGAUUGUCAUGUUCAGACCAAAAGUUCCCUCUAACAAUCAGUCACUCCCAGAGGCUCUGCAGGGCAAAGAAAUGCCCAACCUGAUCCCCAUUCACUGCAAGAAUAAGAGACCAGAGGAUGCUGACAAGAUUGGAGAGAUCAAGUACUUCGGCUUAGGUAAAGGCUUUCCUCUCCAGUACUACCCGUACUACGGCAAGCAGCUGCAGCCUCGGUACCUGCAGCCUCUGGUGGCCAUCCAGUUCACCAACAUCACUUUGGACCACGAGCUCCGCAUCGAGUGCAAAGUUUAUGGAGCAAACAUUGACUACAGCGAGAAAGACCGCUACCAAGGACGUUUCGAUGUUAAGAUCACAAUCAGCUCGUGACCUCAGCCGCGACGAGCACUCUCAUUUUAAAAAACUAAAAUAAAAUGUAGAGAGAAUUAAAGAGUUCAGAUAUACACCACUAGUCUUUGAACAUUCAUAAUAUACAGGACCUACACUUAAUCUGUGUGCUUUACACUAGCUUUUCUGUGUGUUUGUCGAGGGUUAGAAUGUAAAAUACAAAAAAGUAGCAAUAGCAAAUAUUUAUUCUACUGUAAAUGAAAAUAUUCCUUGAGCCAUGGGAUGUGUUCAUCUAUUACUGUAAAACCGCGAUUCCACUACUGACGUGUAGCGAGCUGUGUUUCUGUCCCCAGAGUAUUUCAUCCUGAUGUGGUUGCUAUAUAUUUUUGGAGUGUCCAGUGCUGUAGUCUUGUCCUGUUGUAAUCUCUUUUGUCUUAUGUCAGCUUUAGUGGUCCAAGGUGUGUGCGUGUGCGCGCUCGUGUCUGUGUGCAGGUGUGUUAGUAUAUGUGAGCGGGUGGAGUGUUUGUUAAUGUGCUCUGUUAACUGAAAUACUAGCAUGGUACUCUGAACCUUUUAAGGCCCAUGUAUGAGUAAAUGACUGCGCUCCAUGGAAUCUUUUUGUUGUUGUUUUUGGUGUGUGUUUGUGUUUCUUUAUCCAAGUUGUUCAUGUUGACAGUGGAAGGAUACACGUGUACACCUUUUCUUUGCCGUUCACUUUAGCUGUAGGAUUUGGUUUGAUGACAUUUCUGUUUGAUACUCUUGCAUCUGUUCAUUCUUAAUUCUUAGUGUAGAGCUUUGUGGGUCCAGCCUAGAAGACUGUCACCUCCAUGGAAACCGUGGCAACUCAGUGCUUUGAAAUCUGUCUUGCUGGCGACAUCACGUGACGUGAUGCAACUUACUAUUGAAUGUUUUAGCCAUUUUCAUGGUGGAAGAAUUUUAUAUUUAUGCAGUUGUACAUUUUUUUUUCAAAGUGUAAUGUAUGAAUCCAAUACCAAAGUCGCUGGUCAAAAGGUUAGAGAAUAUCAGAGGCAAUGCAGUAUCCCGUGUAAUAAGAUGUGUAGUUGGUGUGAAAAUACUUAAUUCAGUGUUGAAGAUCAAAACACUUGUCAGGAGUCUGCUCUUGUCACUAUUUAAUCUGCAUAAGGCUGAAACAAUAAACAGACAACUCUCAA